GUCAAGAAUGAAUGUGUUUUAGUCUAUAUGUGAUGUGAAUAUUGUGUUUGUUGCUGAAGUGUUAUUUAUCGUUAUUAUCAACUUACAGCCAUUGUCAAAUAAUAAGUUCUUAAGUUGAAUACUCGGUAGCAUUUCUUAGUAGACGUUACAUGUCUUCAUCAGCAAUGGAAAAACAUUUAUUUAAUCUGAAAUUUGCUGUAAAAGAGUUGGAGAGAAAUUCAAAAAAAUGUGAAAAAGAGGAAAGAAUGGAGAAACAGAAGUGUAAGAAAGCUAUCCAGAAGGGCAAUGUUGAAGGUGGUCGUAUCCAUGCAGAGAAUGCCAUUCGUCAGAAGAACCAAUCAUUGAAUUAUCUAAGGAUGAGUGCAAGAGUUGAUGCUGUGGCCAGUCGAGUGCAGUCAGCAUUGACCACUAGAAGGGUUACUCAGUCUAUGGCUGGAGUAGUGAAGGCAAUGGAUGCGGCAAUGAAAUCAAUGAAUCUUGAAAAGAUUUCAAACCUUAUGGAUAAGUUUGAGAAUCAGUUCGAAGAUUUGGAUGUUCAGAGCUCGUAUAUGGAGAACACAAUGUCUCAGACAACCACUACUGCUGUACCGCAGAGUGACGUGGAUAAUCUCAUGCAACAAGUCGCUGAUGAAGCUGGUUUGGAGUUGAACAUGGAAUUGCCACAAGGACAAAUGGGAACCAUAGGGGCAUCAACCCAAGUAUCACAGGAACAAGAUGAGCUGACUCAAAGACUGGCCCGUCUUCGUCAAGUGUGAUGUCCUCCUUCCGAAAGUCGAACCGUACAAUAUCCAAGCUUUCAAGAUUAAUGGCAUAAACACCGAAGCUUCUAAAUUAGAUUUUUGAAUCGGGAAGUUCCCACAAACAUUGUGGAGUGUAUAUACACAGCUUAAUAAUGAAACACUUAUUACUUGGAGGAGGAAAUUAUAUUUCAAUUAUAAUUAGUAUUCAUAAUUCAUUCUGUAGUCGGUUUACUUUCAUUAAUUCUCCAAAAUGUAUCAUGUAUACUUUUCUUUUACACAUGUAAAUAUAUUGUUUAAAGCUA